GCAGAAGCACCUCCGUCCCCCGCUGCCUGCACAUCAUACCAUAUCAUAAACCGCUACCAUUACUGCCAGCGAGCUAACAACAUACCCCUCAAAAACAGGAUCUUACAAACGGCCGAGGCUUUGAUGGAGGGGCUACUGAGAGGUGUUUGGGAAGGACACUAUGUUUCCCUGUGUCUCCUCCUGGCCCUAUUCUGAUCCCCCUGCCGCUCUGGGCCAUGCUCCGCCCAUUCCCCCGGUACAGCCGCCCAAUCAGCCACUGCCUGACCUGCUGCGGAGCUGUGUUGUGCUCCCUUCCCCGUCCACGCGCCUGAGCUCUUGUACCAGCGAGAUGGAGUCCAUGAUUGUGGUGACGGAGUACGAGCCCAGUGGUGGCUCAGGGCAGGAGGGCGGAGAGGAGGAGGAGAUGGAGGACAUGGACAGCUCGGAAACGCCAGAGCCGGCAUCGUCAGGUACAGUCCCGCCCUUCCGCAUGGCCUCCUGUGAUCUGUUAUCCCACACGGUGGGCCGCCCGGAAGCGCUCUUCCCAGAACCACAGGAGCACAGAGGUAGACUGAGCCUCUCCGACAGGAAGCUGUCACUACAGGAACGCUCGCAGACGCUUUCGUCGCCCUGCGGUUCGCCGGGGCUGAAUGGACGCUAUAUUUACCCAUCGCUGCCCUACUCGCCAAUCACCUCCCCUCACUCGUCUCCACGCCUCCCUCGAAGACCAACCGUGGAGUCUCAUCGUGUCUCCAUCACAGACCUGCAGGACUGCGUGCAGCUCAACCAGUACAAGCUGAAAGAUGAGAUCGGAAAGGGCUCCUAUGGAGUUGUCAAGCUGGCGUACAAUGAAGACGACAACACGUACUAUGCCAUGAAAGUGCUGGAUGAUCCAAGUGAGGACCAUCUGUACAUGGUUUUCGAGCUUGUCAAACGAGGAGCGGUGAUGGAAGUUCCUACUGAUAAGCCCCUGGAUGAGGACCAGGCACGCUUCUACUUCCAGGACUUGCUGAGAGGAAUUGAGUAUUUACAUUACCAGAAAAUCAUUCAUCGGGACAUCAAGCCUUCCAACCUGCUUGUGGGAGAAGAUGGCCAUGUUAAAAUUGCCGACUUUGGGGUCAGUAACCAGUUUGAGGGAGCAGACGCCCUCCUGACCAGCACAGUUGGGACGCCAGCGUUUCUCGCCCCAGAGACCCUCUCAGAGACCCGCAAGAACUUCUCUGGAAAGGCUCUGGAUGUGUGGGCAAUGGGAGUCACCUUAUACUGUUUCAUCUUUGGAGUGUGUCCGUUUAUGGAUGAGCGUAUUUUGAGCCUCCAUCAGAAGAUCAAGACCCAACCGGUGGAGCUUCCAGAGAACGCGGACAUAUCAGAUGACUUAAAAGACCUUCUGUUUAAAAUGUUGGACAAGAAUCCUGAAACCAGAAUUACUGUCCCACAAAUCAAGGUGCACCCAUGGGUGACGCGGCACGGCGCUGAGCCCCUCCCCCCUGAGGACGACAACUGCUGCAACCUGAUAGAAGUGACAGAGGAGGAGGUGGAAAACUCUGUCAAGCACAUCCCCAGCCUGGCCACCGUGAUCUUGGUUAGGACUAUGCUGCGCAAGCGUUCUUUUGGGAACCCGUUUGAUUGGGGCCGCAGGGAAGACAGGAGUCCCGCCGCACCAGGACACACGCUAUCAAGAAAGAAAUUCAUACAAGUUUGGAAUGACAUGAGGAAAAGGGAGAGCAGGGAGUUUGAAAUACUGCCGCAAUCUCAGUAUCCCCAGGAAACAAGAGAGCGAGGAAGGCAUGCGGAGUGUGGACCUGCCCUUCGUGGGCGAGGAUGAAGUUCUUUCCUGAUAGUUGUGGGCGUUUUGCUCGGGCGAAAUGCGCAAGGAUGGGGCUGUCGUGGCUGCCGGAAGGCCAGGAUAUGGACCUGGGGCUGGGGCGUGGAUAGGAAGAUGGAAGGAAGGAAGAAA